AUGCCGCCCCGCCUCCCUCUCCCCCUCCUCCGCCUUCCCCCUACCUACACCCUCCGCCGCCCUCUCCCCCCCCAGCGCCGCCUCCUCACCGUCCUCGCCAUCGAAACCUCCUGCGACGACACCUCCAUCGCCCUCCUCACCUCCCCCACCCCGCACACCGCCACCCUCCUCGCCCACCAAACCGUCACCUCCCCCAACCGCAUCUACGGCGGCAUCCACCCGCUCGUCUCGACCGUCUCGCACGCCACGCACCUCGCGCCCCUCCUCGCGGCCGUCAUCGCACAGCUCGGCCACAAGAAGCCCGACUUUGUGGCCGUGACGCGGGGGCCGGGCAUGCCGACGGCGCUGUCGAUCGGGCUGGAUACGGCGAAGGGGUUGGCUGUGGCGUGGGGCGUGCCGCUGGUGGGUGUGAAUCAUAUGUUGGCGCAUACGCUGACGCCGAGGCUUGUGGUGGCGCUAAAUGCAGCGGCGGUGGAGAGGGCGGCGGCGGAGAGGGGGGAGGGUGCGGGUGCGGGUGCGGGUGCGGGUGAUGUAGCCCCCGAGAGCGCUGAAGAGUCCACCGCCACCACCGAGAGCACCCAGGUAGUCUCCACGCCCUCCUCACCCGCCCCCGCCCCCGCCCCCGAAAGCCCCAUUGCGGCCUCCACCUCCACCUCCACCUCCACCUCCACCUCCACCCUCGAACCCAUCCUCGAAAUCACCACCCCCCUCAAAAAAAACCAAAUAAUCCAACAACCCACCCCCACCGAAGCCCCCCAAUUCCCCUUCCUCACGCUCCUCGUCUCCGGCGGUCACACCCAAGUCGUUCACAGCCGCUCCCUCACCUCGCACAACGUCCUCGUCGACACGAUCGACAUUGCACUCGGCGACAUGCUCGACAAAUGCGCCCGCCGACUCGUGCCCGCCAAUGUCCUCGCCACCCACGGCAACAGCGUCGCCUACGGCGCUGCCCUCGAAGACUUCUGCUUCCCCGCGCGCGAGGGCAGCGAGUGCCGGUACGGAUACCGGUAUACGCUUCCCGGCGGCAAGGCGCGGGCCGCAGAGGACAAGGCGGAGGCGGAAGAGUAUGGCUGGGAGCUGUCGGCGCCGCUGUCAAAGACGGGGCCGGCGAUGCGGCGGCUAGAGUAUAGCUUUAGCGGGCUGGGGAGCAGUGUUGAGCGGUGUUUGAAGCGGCGGAAGAAGGAGUUGGGGGGUGUAGAGAUUGGGGAGGGGGAGAGGAGGGCGCUGGGGAGGAAGGUGAUGGUGUUGGCGUUUGAGCAUGUUGCUGCGCGGCUGGUGCUGGGGUUGGAGGCGAUGGGGGAGGGGGAGAGGAGGGGGACAUGUAUUGCGGAUAUACCUCACCAGCAAAGGCUACCAACACAUCAAGAUCGUAGUCCCCCAAUGAAGUACUGCACCGACAACGCCGCCAUGAUCGCCUGGGCUGGUCUCGAGCUCUACCGCGCCGGCUGGCAAACGGGGCUCUCUGCGCUGCCACUCAAGAGGUGGAGCAUGGACGACGACGUCUACAUCGAGGGCGAGGAGGACAGGGCCGAGCAUGGGGUCGGCGGCGUGUUGGGGGCGCAGCAGUGGAUCAAGAGGAAUGUGGAGAAGGAGGAGGAGUCGUGA